UGUCAGUUUUGUGUGUAGUGUUUCGUUUGCUGAUUUGUUAUUGUUUUUCUCAGAUUUAUCAAGUCAGUCUCGGUGCACUGCAUAAGUGCACAAAUUCUAAAGAAAAUUCGCGAUAAAUAAGAGGAAAGCGUACAUUUAGGCUUAGAAAACUGGUCUUAAUUCUUGUUGAGAUGACUGACAAAUCUAUAUACACGACGGUUUUAUCCCAAACCUUCUCGCCAUGCGGAAAUUACCUGAUUGCUGCAAACACCUACGGAGAAAUCGCUGUUUUUAAUAUUCCGAAGGUCAUCGCACCAGCAGAAGUUCCUAACGAACGCAAUCUCCGCACGCCUGUCUUUGGCUUCACUCCCUGUCCGGACAGUCAGAUCAGCAGUUUGGCCACCACCGAAGAUUUCCUCGUCAUCGGGACGGUUGGAGAGAUUCUGGGCUAUGAGUGGGACUCGGUUUUGAAACAGAGAAAACCUGAGCUCUCUUGGUCACUUAAUAUUCCACCCUCAAAGGAUAAUGUAGACAAACCAGAUGUGAACAGCCUCAGUCUGAGAGAAAACCGAGAGAUAAUUUACGCUGGCUGUGGCGACAACAACGUUUACGGCUUCGAUCUCGGAGAAGGCAAACUGGUGCAGACCUUCGAUGGCCACGAAGACUACAUCCACAGUGUUUCCAACUUUGGCGGAAAAAUUUUGUCGGCCAGCGAAGAUGGAACUGCCAGAAUAUGGGACCCUAGGAGAAAAAAGGAGGUGCACACCAUUGCUCCUCACAAACACGAAUCUUUGGCCAGACCAUCUCUCGGCAAGUGGCUGGGAGCUGCCUCCUUUAACGAAGACUGGCUCGUUUGCGGAGGAGGUCCUCAUUUGUCUCUUUGGCAUCUGAGGUCAAUGACCUUGGCUGAAACAUACACAAACAUGGAGGACCAAGGUAUUUAUGUUGCCGAUUUGUACGGCGAUAGAAUUUUUGCCGGCGGCGCUUCCAACCACAUGACCCACCUGAGUCUGACUGGCGGCGUUUUGGCCGAAGUUCCUCUUUCGGCAACAUGUCUUUAUUCGCUGGCUUACCAAGAGACUCCGCACAAAGUGAUGUGCAUGGCCGGCUCGAGCCACAAAAUCGACUUUUGCACGAACUUCAACUACAGAGACCAAAUCCUGACUUUCAAUUACAAGAAGUGAAAUGUAAAAAUCUGAUUCAAAAUAGAGGAAAGUCAUGAAAAUCAAAUUUAUUUUAACAUAAAAAUUACAAAAAUCCGUGUCCGGCGACCACAGCCGGAAUGAACCCUUCACAGCCAUCAGUCCGCCUAACCCAAAACCAGUCCUUCAAGCGCGAGCUCACGAGCACCACCACGUCCCCCUUGGACACUGACAGGGUGUUCCUUCCUCGGCUGUUGUAGUUGGAUCGAAUCAAAAGCAAAGUCUCCGUUUUCAUUUGCACUUCACUGAGCGCCGCACUGGACGGGGCGCGGCUCGACUGUCUGCACUUGGCCCCACACUCAGAAACCGCCCUCGACUUGGAAACCUCCUUUCUCUUGAACCGUCCCACUUCAGAUACCGUUUCCUUGACCAAACUGUCAUCAUAUUCAAAAUCAGUCUGCAGGGCGAUCGUCCGGUGGUUCGGCUUCAGCUGGUUCAGGUUCUGCUCGAUUCGGAACUGGUAGUCCUCCAGUUUGUCCAUCUUCUUGCUUGAAUACUUUGGUUUGGGACACCGAACGCCCACUUGAGACACGGAGUCCUUAACGCUGACCGAGUCCAGAUUUGCAGACCCGGCUCGGAAACGUCUAGAACUCAACUCGGCGUCCUUCAACAGGGUCUCAACACUGCUGCGGGGCCUUCGAUGUUUCGCACUUUCAGAUUCAGACCGUUGGGCCGCCAAAAAGAGUCUGUCUACGGCGGCCUCUGGUUUCUGGGCCCGGCGGUGGCGGUGCCUAGACCGUCCGGCUCCGCACUCAGAUACAGUGUCCCGCAACUUUUCCAUGUCAGUCUUGUUUUUGGGAAGUCUUUCGCAGACACUAGCGGCCCCUCGACGCACCUUGCCGGACAUCCCUACUUGAGGAAGGGGUGGCGGAAGGAAGGCAUCCGUGUGCGUGUCCCAAGCCCCGGGGGCGGGCGUGCCGGGAACCGAGUUGACGGGGCUGGGCAGAAUUCCCAAGGGCAGGCAGGAACGGUAGCGAACGUAGCCCGCCUCGCCGUGGGGUGUGUGCACGAAGAGCCACGUGUGGUUGCGGAAAACUGCGUUCACCACCAUGCCCAGGGGCAACGAGAUUUCGCUCUGGCGCCACGUGCCGCGACCUGACUUGCUGCGGCGCGUUCCCGAUUGGUACAACACGCACGGCGUGGCCAAGACUACGGGUAUGUUUGCUGGACUCUGCAGAGACGCCUAAAACAAUAAUUACAGUUGUAUUUAAUCAUUUAAAACAGAUCAAAUAAAUUUAUAUUUUUUAGAAUCGACACCGAGAAACGUUUGCUAGUUUAAAAAAUUUAAAUAUACACAAGUAAAUAA